AAGAUUUUUUAAUAACUAGGGGGGGGAAAAAUUACAAAAUAAAAUAAAAACUACAAAGAAACUAGAAUGCAUUGCCCUAAGCUAAGGUUUAUGCAAGCUUUACAGCAGCUAAAGGACUUUAGUACGAUGUAUGAUUAUAACAAACGAUUGCAAACAUUUGUGGACUGGCCUUUCAAGGAAAGCUGCAAAUGUACCCCUGAGAAUAUGGCUAAGGCUGGCUUUGUGCACUGCCCUACAGAGAAUGAGCCCGAUGUUGCCUGCUGUUUUUUCUGCCUGAAAGAGUUGGAGGGUUGGGAGCCAGAUGAUGAUCCUUGGACCGAGCAUUCCAAACGCUCUGUCACCUGCGGCUUCCUCUGCCUAUCUAAGAGUAUGGAUGACUUGACCAUGGAAGAGCUGCUACGGAUGGAGGUUUAUCGGAUUAAGACUUUCUAUCGCAAAUUUGCCUCAGUCGUCGCCCAAUAUCUUGAUGAGGAAAUGAUCGCUACAACCAGACGCCUGGUGGAAUACUUUGCCAAUCAGCAUAACUGUUCUUUAGAAGUUGAUGUUGAACCCUAACAAGUAGUGACUUUAUUUACACAUUGUCGUGUGAUAGUGUCUGCAAGGUCUACAUAUGUGUAAGGAGUGUAAUCUUUGGAGAUAUUCAGCUCCAACACCUCGUGUAACAAAAUGUUUUACUUUUUUAUUUUAGAAAUGAUGGCUCAUUAAUAAAUAUAUAUUUUGUAA